AUGAGACCAGAGGCUCUUCUCGCGAGCCUCGCGGGUACCUACUCGCUCUACAACACCACAAACCUCUACAACGGCGUGGCCCAGCGCUCAAAUCCAUCCGGCGGGAUCUUGAUCUACACGGCGACGGGGUACAUGUCGGCGACACUCGGGCCGUCGGCGGCGGGCGUGGCGACGGUGCUGGCGUACGCGGGGCCGCUGUCGGUCAGCGACACGGUUCCCUCAACCGAGACGUCGGGCCAGAUGAUGCACGGGCCUUUGACGGUCGCCAGCACGGCGUCAUGGGUCGGCACCCGACAGCCGCGGAAUUAUACAGUCUUUCGGCAGCCCGACGGCAGCGUGUUCCUGCGCAUCGUGACGUCCAAGACAGCCACGCACGAGUCGCAGCUGUGGUGGAAGAAACUGGAUUAG